CCUGCUAAUUUUUAAUUUGUUUGUAAUGUUUACGCUACCUCCGUCUACAAAAUCGGUUUGCAAUAGUUCCAAGGGGUUUGGGCUAGGUAUUUCUAUUUUAUUGAGUACGUUUCCGGAUCGGAGAUGCUUCCUGCUGCUUGUUACAUACAUUGAUAGAAACUUUAUAAAGGCAACGCAGCCUGUUAAGGAAUUAGCCCCAUUAAACAUGAUUGAUAAUUUAAGCACAGAUAGGCUUCAGAUGUUCUCUCUUCUCGAUUUCAAUCAACAAGCCAAAAAACAUGCUGCCCCCCAACAUUGUCGCAGGAAUAAGCAUCCUUUCGACUAUCUCAAGACUACUUAGCUGAAUUGAUGACAACGCAUUAGGCCAGCCGGCAAAUUAAGCUGUUCUAAUGCGUAUGAAAUGGCAUUCGAAUCAACAAAAAGAAUAUGAUUCCCUAUUAAGCCCAGCAUCGAGCUGGGGGAUCAGGAGCCGUGUUUCAAUCGGCCGUAAAAAUUAUGCAUGUGGGAAAAGCAUAAAUUGUUGUAAGGCGAGGGAUGGCAAUUCGGCAAUUUUAUAGCUAAAUUUGGCCAUGAAAACAUUUAAAAUCGGCAGUUGCCAAGCUGAUUUAAAAAAGCAGGACUAGUUGAAUGUGUUCAGUUGAUUGAAUCUGUGAAGUUAUUAUUAUUGUUAUAAUUGAGCCCACAAAAGCACUCCACAAGGAAAAUGUUUUAUGCAUUUUCGAAGCCAACAACUUGGCCUUGAAACUAAGAUGCCUCCGUUUGCCUUUUGUGUUCCAAUUUGUGCUCAGUAAGCUAAUUUAGCUAUUUUCAGCUAUAUUUGACAUUAGAUUUAGCUACCUUUUAUUAAGGCCAAAGUCAAAAACACGGCACACUUAGGAAACGACACGUACAACUCGCAUCCUUCAGCUAUUUUGGCCUUCACUGCAGGGGAAGAGAGAUGGAGAGACGUAGAAAUUAUGUUGCAAAUAAAUACAUGUAUUAAAUAUUCGUUCGUGCCAAAAAUAAGUAACUGCAUGCAGUUUUCUGCCAUAAUUGGCAAUUUGCGUUCGUUUCCGACUAGUAUCUGUUGCUUACCUCUAAUAAGACUCGUUUGUGACAUCUGAAAUUCAUGGCUUGGUAUGGUACGACGACUGGCUUAUUGGCAGACGCAAGUGUCAUACAUAAGUAUAUUCGAGAGCAGCCGCUAUGGAAGUACAUAUAUAAUAGCCAAAGUUGAUAGAGGACUUGACUGGGAGACUACCUGAACCCAGCGGCAAGGUGUUGUUAUUCUACCUUACUUUAGUACACAAAGUCUUACACAUCGUUGCGGCCAUGCCUCCUGUUUCCUCUAGAGAACGUUUUAUCGAGAUGUGCAGAAGUGUCUUUAUCAGGUGUUCAUCUAAUAAAUAAAUGACCUUUGACCUCAUUGAAAAUGGCUGAGAACCAAAGAAAGGUCUAGCACGAUUGUGGGACAUCUGCAUACAUCUUAUAAAAUGAACACUUGAAACUCUUUGGAAAAGAGGCGUUUGCCAUUUAGCUCAUUAGUUAACUAAGCUCAUAACGGAUAUAAGGUGCUCAAGAUUUCCGCUAACAAAUAUUUUGUUUUGUCUGCUCGCCCGGAAACAGCAUUCGACGCCGAGUCGUCGCCGUUUCCGUUUCCGGCAGGUGCACGGAGACAAUUGGAAAACUGAGCAGAUGGUGCAGCAUUUAUUCUUUAAAACAGUUUACCUGGCUACCUUGCAACACAUUCAUAAAUUCACACCCCUUCACCUAACCAGCUCGCCUUCCCUUCCUGCUUCGAAACAGGUGGUGUGCGCGCGAGGACAGGUAAAUUUGCAUGCAGGGCUUUUGUUUUUGGCGACUGGAAACCAGCUCAGUGGGUAAAUGGGAACAACAUUCGCCGUUUUAUAAGUGCAAAUGCAAAUUGUUAGGCGCGUUGGCGACCACAACAAAUGUGGCCGCAAAGUAAUCAGAAAAAAAAAAACAAGAGCGCUUGAGUCGGGCGUGCCCGACUAGGAUAUACCCUGAAUACGGGGUACAAGCAUUCACUCACACAACCUACACAAUAAAAUUGGUUAAAAUACGUCUCAAAAUUAAUAUUAGACCAUAUAAUUAAAUUGGGACGAUUUACCACAAAUAGAAUUUGUAUAUCAAAUUUAAAGUCUCAAGGUUUUCCCAGCUUAAUUUUCCCAUUUUCAUUUAGAUGAUAAAGUUGUUAGUCUCAAAUGAAAUCACUUAAAGAAAUAUAAUUCUGUACAUUUUGGAGGUUGGAAGAGGUCAUCGAUAGUCAGACUGCCAAAUUUGCCGAACUUCGCUCUACAUUGUUGGAAAAUAUGAAUUUUAUGAGCGAGCUCAAGGACUCAAGACGCAUAUUGGACAAGACCCAAUAUACUAUUUAUUACUUUUAAAACAGAGUAUGCAAAAUUAUCUAGCUCCACCUACAAAAACAAAAAUACGAACUAUAUUUGGCACACCGAAGCUAUAAUGCCCUUAUGGCCUGAUGGACUUGCAGAUAUCUGAGGAGAACUGAGAGGAGCUGAGUUUAGUAAAGAUAUAUUGAAUCCCAAUUUUCAAUCGAUUAUAUAUAAAGAGCUGCUGUUGAUGUGGUAGACGACACUGGGUAGACUCUAACUAGAUUUGCUUUUUUUUUUUUAACAUCCUAUUGAGAGUUUUCUAGCAUCGAAAUGGGGCACAGUUUUAUGACUGGCCAAAUUUAGCUUAAAUUGUUAGUGCAAGAGCUUCCAAAAAAUAUGUAUAUUCUCUCUUCUCUUCCUCUUCUAUCUCCUAUCUUAUCGAUCCUCCUUAAAAUUUAGAUGGCUUUCGAAUAUAAUUUCAGUGUUGUACACUGGUUAGUAUAAUAAAAGCAGCGUAACACAACACUGCUUGUCAAAGCUAUGUAUUUGAAUCUCUAUGACUUGCGCAUGUUUUAGUCUCAAUAUGGCUGCGCUGGAAUUGGGUAACAAAUCAAAGAAAAAGGAUGACAAACUCAACAAGUUUAUCUGCCCCAUCACGUACACGAGCCAGCUGCCCGACCCGACUGUGGGCUGCAAAUUUCUGCCGUGUGGCAAAACUUUGCUAGACUUUACCACAGAGCCAGUAUCCUUUCCGCAGCUGGAAACCCAGUUUAGCUAUCAGUUUAAGGGGCUGCAGCUGCUGUUCGAUAUCGAUCUGGUUAACCCAAGUGUUUACGCGCACAGCAGCGCGGAGCCAAUGGAAAUGGACCCCAAGGAUGCCGCCUUACUCGCGGAUAUCGAGGCGCUGCACAUUAACAAUCAAAAGCCAAAGGCGCUGCAUAGUUUUCCGACCCGCGCCCAGGAGUGCCGUGAGCUAUUUGCCAAGGAGCGAACCGCUGUGCCUCGGCCACGGGCGGGACUUCAACGGCUGCAGCCGGAGCCCGAGCAUCUGGAGCUCGAGUCCUUCAGUCUGGAGCAGCAGAAGCAGAUCGUUCAACAAACAUUUGUUGAUAUUGAGAAGCCUCUGGGCUGCCAUCCCACAAAGUCGGCAAGUACCGCACGACCCGUCGCCCAGCUGCCCAUUUUUCCUGAAGCCAACUACGCCCAAUAUGAGCACGAACUCGUCCAGGUCCAGUUUGGUAUUCCGCCCAGCGGCAAUAGCAACGGGCUGCUCAAGGACUGCGGCAACUAUUUGAUCAACUUUAAGGUAAAGCCCGAGCCGCUCUUCAAGCAGAUUCAGCAUACCUCUGGCCAGAGCCUGGUGACCUACCUCGCCGAGGAGCGCUACAAGGAGGAGCGCACGGCGGACAGCGCCGACCGCGGGGAACGCUUUAUGCUGCGGGAGAAAGAUGGCAGCAUCUACUACCAAGCUGUCAGUAAGCACAUCAAGUUGCGCAAGGAGCGACCAAGUCCACAGGCUACGGCCAACGUCUGUCUGCUGCAGAUCAAGCGCACCAAGGAUACUCCUCAACAACCUAGCUCCGGAACCAAGAAGUAGUCUUUUUUUUAGCUUCACUCAGUGGAAUCUUUAUUGAGAGUUUGAAUAAGUAAUGAAUAUAACUGGCAUUAUAAUUUUGGUAUUAUAAUCUAGUUAGUGAGGUCCGAUGUUGUACAACUAAUAAAUAAUGAAGAUAUCGAUCCUAUAGCAGCUAUACGAUUUGAUGCUUCUAUCCGCCCGGUUUUUACUGCCUUAAACAAAA